UCGUGCACACCAGGACGCGGCCCCCGAGGACGUCGCCGCACUACGAGGUCUACCGCCUCAACUGCGCCGAGCCGGAGGAGGCCAACAAAGCCCUCAUGGCGCUCAGGGACAAGAUGGAGGCCAGGGAACGACGCUACCCGCAGAACCUCAUGAGGAACCUCGCCCGAAGGACGUGCCCCUGUGACUACACCCUCAGCGUCGAUAUCGAUAUGCUCACGCCUCCCUACAUGGCCGAGAACAUGACAGGAUUCCUGGACAGCGUGAAGGCCACCGCCCCAUGCUGGAAGUGUGCCUAUGUUAUUCCUGUCUACGAGCUGCAGGAUUCGGUCGCUUACUUGCCCAAUGACAAGAUGGAUCUGCUCAGACUGAUCCUGAAAAAGCAAGCUCGGAGAUAUCACGAAAAGGUAUACGCCAAGAACCAAGGCAACUCCAAGCUGGAGAACUGGGAGGUCGAGCCCCUCAACGCAAGCGCCACGGAAUACCGCGUCCUGUACAACAUCACGACGUACGAGGAGUUCUGGGAGCCGAUCCUGGUGCUGCCCUUCACGGCUCCUCUCUUCGAUGAGCGCUUCGUCGGAUACGGGUUCACGCGGAGCAGUCAGGUAUAUGAGCUACAUCGCCGUGGUUACAAGUUCCAGGUAUUGGACAGGGCGUUCCUCACACACAAGGGCUUCCAGACAACCACGAAUUACUCUACUCUACGAUAUGCACAGAUAGAGAUAAACAAGGUACGGUACCAGAUGUUUAAGAGGGAACUCCACGCACAGCUCGGCUUGCAGAUGCCCACGCAGAGCAAAGGGGCGCCCUUGAGACAGAAGUUGACGUCCCUGCUGGCCAAGCGUUCCCAGUCCCCCCGGAGUCGUCUGGCGAUAAAGACGGUGCCGGCGAAGAAGCAGCUAGUUGGCGUCGGCAAGUGAGGAGGUGGUUGUUUAACAGUGUCCGGAGCUGGUGUUUUGGCCGGAGACGAGCGUCAGUAUACCCGGCUGUGAAGUGAAAGUGAACGUGGGAGAAAAACACUUUUUUUGAAGGUGAUGAAAAUAAAUUAAUUGUUAUAUAAAAAAUAAUAAUAUAUUUGCAGACUUAGCAACCAUAGAUAUCGCGGUGGAUAUUCGGGGCGUAAACAAUUUCAUCAAAGUUUACAAAAUGCAAGAUUGACAUUUGCAUUUUUAGUGCACCAGCGAUAAAAAAAA